AUGAAGAGGGACAUCAUUGCUGUAUGCAGCUUCCUCAGGAGGCUGGCCCGGGCAGCCGGGAUCCUCGGCGGGGCUGGAGUGCUGCUCUUCCUCGGCGCCUUCGGCACAGAUUAUUGGCUCCUGGCUACAGAGACCUGUGGGGUCUCCGAGUAUGAGAACAGCACUCUGAGGACUGGGGAGGCUGAGACACCAGCAGAGGUCAGGAAGGAGAUCCUUACUUUCCAUCACGAGGGUUUCUUCUGGAGGUGCUGGUUCUUUGGUGAGGGCCACCCAGAGAGCAUCUGGACCUUCUGGUACACCAGCCAAGCACACCCCAAGUUCUGCAUGCAUGGCUACCUCUUCCCCAUGCCCAUUGCACUUGGACCUUUCCCACAUCCCUCCUAUGACACAACAGCAGUGUACAGAGGCUUCUGGACAGCCUUCAUCCUGCUGGCCGUGGCUGCUGGUCUGGUGGGAGGGCUGCUGCUGGUCUGUGGUGUCCCCUUUGUCAGCCCACACUCCUACAAGGUUGGAGGUGGAUUCCUCCUGGUCUCAGGAGGUUUAUUUCUCUUGCUGGUAUUUCUCUUUGUGAUGUGGAAGGAGUUUGCUGCUGACUUUCAGAAGUACAUCCUUCUGGAGAGGAGUGAGAAGUGCAUGGAGGAUGUCCCUGUGCAUGUGUACUAUGGCUGGUCGUUCAUGUUUGCUGCAGCAGGAGUGCCCCUGGUUCUGCUUUCUGGACUCCUCUUCUUCCUGGUUGGCAGAGACAUUCUGAAGUCCUUGGAGUAA